GCCUCGGGGCCCGUAGCCCGCCCGCCGCGCUCCGGGCGUCUCUUCUGCCUCCUACGUGCUGCGGACGCCCCAGCCUCCCGGGUGCCUGGUCCGGGGAGCUCUCCGCGCCUGCCCGAGAAGAGCAAGAACGAGUUGCGGCGCCCCGGGGCGCGAUUCGUGGCGGAGACGCUGGGACCAAACGGAGGAUGAGCGGCGGAAGGCGGCGCAGAAACUGACGCGAGUUGGGGCCCCGGCUCCCGGCCGCCGGCGCGACGAGCCAGACCGCGGAGACGCCCUAGCCGAGUGCACGCGCCGGGCGGAGCGCGCGCAGGUGGGGCUGAGCUCUCGGCGGUGCGCUCCGCUCCGGGUCCUCGCCGGCCGGAGGAUGGGCCCCGGCGCCCAGGGUCCGUGCCCGCCGCUGCUGCCCCUGAGCCCGCCGCGAGCCCGGCGUCCGGCCGGCGCCCUGCGCUCAUGGACGGCGGCUCCCGGCUGGCGGCGGCGCGCCCCCGGGCUGUGAAUGCGACUCGCCCCUCGGCCGCGCUCCCCGCCCGCCCGCCCGCCGGGACGCGGUAGGGAAUGCCCAGCUCCACUGCGAUGGCAGUUGGCGCGCUGUCCAGUUCCCUCCUGCUCACCUGCUGCCUGAUGGUGGCCCUGUGCAGCCCGAGGAUCCCGCUGGAGAAGCUGGCCCAGGCGCCGGAGCGGCCGGGCCAGGAGAAGCGCGAGCACGCGUCUCGGGACGGCCCGGGGCGGAUGAGCGAGCUCGGGCGCCCGGCGAGGGACGAGGGCGGCGGCGGCGGCCGGGACUGGAAGGGCAAGAGCGGCCGCGGGCUGGCCGGCCGGGAGGCGUGGAGCAGGCAGAAGCAGGCCUGGGCCGCCCAGGGCGGGGGCGCCGGGGCCGGGGACCUGCAGGGGCGGCCCCGCGGGGACACCCCGCACGAAGAGCCCCCGGCCGCCGCCGCCCAGGACGUGGCGGGUCUGGAGUCGGAGCCCACGCCCGAGCCGCCGGAGGAGUACGCGUACCCGGAUUACCGGGGCAAGGGCUGCGUGGACGAGAGCGGCUUCGUGUACGCGAUCGGGGAGAAGUUUGCUCCGGGGCCCUCGGCCUGCCCGUGCUUGUGCACCGAGGAGGGGCCGCUGUGUGCACAGCCCGAGUGCCCGCGGCUGCACCCGCGCUGCAUCCACGUUGACACCAGCCAGUGCUGCCCGCAGUGCAAGGAGAGGAGGAACUACUGCGAGUUCCGGGGCAAGACCUACCAGACGCUGGAGGAGUUCGUGGUGUCCCCGUGCGAGCGGUGCCGCUGCGAGGCCAGCGGGGAAGUGCUGUGCGCGGUGUCCGCGUGCCCACAGACUGAGUGCGUGGACCCCGUGUACGAGCCGGACCAGUGCUGCCCCAUCUGCAAAAACGGCCCAAACUGCUUUGCGGAGACUGCUGUCAUCCCUGCCGGGAGAGAGGUGAAGACAGACGAGUGCACCAUCUGUCACUGCACCUACGAGGAGGGGACCUGGCGGAUCGAGCGCCAGGCCAUGUGCACCAGACACGAGUGCAGGCAGAUGUAGGGCGGGCCGCUCGCGCCUCGGUGUCUGCUAGAACCCUGUCCCGCCGGGACCUUCUGGGCGACUCUGGGAGGCGCCGGCCAAAUGCGUAAGACUUUCGAUGAGGAAUCGUGAAAAACUGCGGGUCCUUUUGCUUUUCUGGGUCACAAAGACUGCAAGAGAAAGAACUGGACAUAUUUCAAAACAUCCACAAGAACUUUGGGCAAAAAAAAAAUUCCGUCUCUAAAUAAAUGUGCUAUUUUCACAGUAAGUACACUGAAGUCCACUAUUAUAUAUGAAAUGUAUUUCUAUAAUCCCUCUAUUAGAGAGCUUCUAUACAUGUUUUCUAUAGAUACAGAUUAAAAAUGCUGUGUUGUCAACUGUC